CUGAAAAAUCGGUGAGCAAAGACUUUUCCUUAAACUCUCUCUCUCCCCUCUCUCUCUCUAGAAUCUCAAUCUCGUUGUGUUCUUUAGCAGUCUUAUAAAACCCUGCAACUUUGUUCUUGUUCUGGUUUCUAUUUAGCUGAAAUCUCAAUAGGGCUUUUUCAAACGGUGGUCAGUCAGCUGAGAAACCGGCUGAAAAUUUUGGGUUUGGUCAAGUUUUGAGACCUGGAUCGAAUUUUGACUCUUGUAAAAUUUGGGUUUUUUUUUCUUCUUCGUCCAUAGAAAUCUCUGAGCUGGGCGAGAAACUUUUAUUUUACAGUCUGGGGUUUCUAAAUGAUUGUGUUUUCUGGGGUAAUGUAAGCUUUGGUCAGAGAUCCAUCACGACAGAGCUGGUAGGUGGGCAUAGGAAAACAAGAGGGGACGCUGACUGGUAGACGAGAGAGAGAUGAAAUCAAAGCCCUAGAAAAUGAACAAUUUGUAUCUAAAUUCAGUUCCUUAGAGUUCCUAUCCAAGUGUUAGAUUUUUGCUUUUUGUCCUGUAGAUUGAAAUUAAAAAAAAAAAAAAGAAAAGAAAGAGAGAGAAAUCAAAAUCUCAGCUCUGAUGCCGACCGACCUAGAUAAUUCCCCUACAGCUUCAGGUGAAGCUAGCGUUUCCUCCUCCGGCAACCAAACCGCUCCGCCCAAACCCGCCACCAAGAAAAAAAGAAACUUGCCAGGAAUGCCAGAUCCAGAUGCAGAAGUGAUUGCUCUGUCGCCGAAGACCCUUUUGGCGACGAACCGAUUCGUCUGCGAAAUUUGCAGCAAAGGGUUUCAGAGGGAUCAGAAUCUGCAGCUUCAUCGGCGGGGCCAUAAUCUGCCGUGGAAACUGCGGCAGAGGUCGAGCAAAGAGGUGAAGAAGCGAGUCUACGUCUGCCCGGAGGCCUCCUGUGUGCACCACGAUCCGUCUAGAGCUUUGGGUGAUCUUACUGGAAUCAAAAAGCACUUUUGUAGAAAGCACGGUGAGAAGAAGUGGAAAUGCGAUAAGUGCUCAAAGAAGUAUGCGGUUCAGUCGGAUUGGAAGGCUCAUUCCAAGAUUUGUGGCACCCGAGAGUACAAAUGUGAUUGUGGGACUUUGUUCUCAAGGAGGGAUAGCUUCAUCACUCACAGGGCUUUUUGUGAUGCUUUGGCUGAGGAGAGCGCAAGAGCCCCCACCACCACCAGCGCCACCGCCACCACCGCCGCCGCCGCCGCAGCAGUGAAUUUGAAUUCAGAGUCGGACCCAAGAGCUCAAUCUGUUAAUUCACCUCCACAACCACUGCCGUCACCGCCUCUGCCGGCCGCAGCUCCACCCCAGCCUACAACUUCAUCAGUUCCGUCCCAGUCAGCUGGUGUGUUAUCUUCAUCCCCGCCUACACAAAGUCCAGUGAGAGAGUUGCCAGAAAAUCCCACUCAAGUUGUAGAAGCAGUGCCUGCUGUGGCGGGUAGAAAGGGGAAUUGUAGCAGCAGCAGCAGCAGCAACAGCUCAAGCAGCAAUGGCAGUACAAGCAGUGGUGUGUUCGCAAGUUUAUUCGCUUCCUCAACAACAUCGGCGAGCUUGCAACCUCCUCAACAGCCUGCAUUUACUGACUUAAUUCGAGCCAUGGGGCAUCCAGAUCAAUCAACCAACCUAGCUCCAUCUUCUUCAAUGGAGCCCAUUUCUCUUGGCCUCUCAACCAGCCAUGGAUCGUCAAUUUUCGAGUCUGCAGGGCAGGAGCGUAGGCAGUAUGCGCCUCCACCACAACCAGCUAUGUCUGCGACAGCACUGCUUCAGAAGGCUGCUCAAAUGGGCGCAGCAGCAACCAAUGCAUCGUUGCUUCGUGGGUUUGGCAUUAUGUCAUCCUCAACGUCUUCCACGCAACAAGAGAGUAUGCAAUGGAAUCAAAGGCCAGCAGAACCAGAUAAUGUCUCAGUUGCUGCAGGGCUUGGACUUGGUCUUCCUUGUGAUGGAGGUUCGGGAUGGAAGGAACUAAUGAUGGGAAGUCCUCCAGUGUUCGGUCCAAAGCAAACCACACUCGAUCUUUUGGGAUUGGGAAUGGCCGCCGGUAAUAACCCCAGUAGUGGCCUAUCAGCCCUAAUCACAUCAAUUGGUGGCGGUCUAGAUGUAGCUGCUGCAGCUGCAUCCUAUGGAGGUGGAGAAUAUAGCGGUAAGGACUUGGCAAGAAGCUCAUGAAACUGGACAACUAAAGAAGUCAUUUUCUUUCAUUUGACUUGAGGAAGGGGUAUAUAAGGUGCAGGUUGAUCUCGUACAUGGAAAACGAGGGCGAAAACGACCUUGUCUUGCCGGUGUAGACUUUGUCGCAAGCUAAGUCCGAAGAUUGUUUCAGGUUUCGUCCGGCUUCUGUUUAAAUGGGGGUUUUAGCAUAGGCUUCUAUGUACGUAUGUCACUUUCUGUAAGCUUGAGGUGGAUUUGGUGAAUCAGUAUGUGUACCUACUACUGCAUACGUUCUGUAAUUUUGUCAAGUUUGUAUAGCUAAGCCUGGUGAUGAAAGGCUAAGUGGAUGGAUCCUACCAAUUUGGGUUUACAGCACUAGGCCAGGUAGAGGUAGAUGGGAUGGGGGACAUUGUAAAUUACUGUUUGAUUACCCUGUUUUUUAGGUUUUCUAGACUUGGUCAAACUUCCAAUUUCCUCCACUUUGUAGUUCGUAUGUACAAUUAAAUUAAAUUAUUAUAUUUGUUGUAUAUUUAAUUAA